GCGGCUUUGGAGAAGCAGCCGAGACUCCGGAACCUGGUUCGCGUCGCCGCCUCCGCUGUCCAGCCGCGUUGGCCGUGAUGCGCCCCGCUGGCGGGUCUCAGCUCCCUGGGGCCCCGGCCGCCGAGUGGGGCGCAGCCGAGCAGAUGAAGAAUCUGUGCCUAGGUGUGGUGGAUGAAGAAUUGGAGAGCUACUGGAUCAAGACUACAGGUGGAGACCAGUUUGGCUGCUGAUCUAACAGACCAGGCAAGAGAUGUGACAAAGGAAAGGACAGAGUUUAGGAGGGCUCUAACUCUGUGAGGACCCCAUUGUUUCUGUUAUUGUAUGUGAGAAGGACUGACUCCCAGAACGUUGCCUGAUUUCUGACCUGUCAGUAUGGGGAGGAUCAGCAUCUCCUGUCUUUUUCCUGCUUCUUGGCAUUUUAGCAUCUCUCCAGUGGGCUGUCCUCGAAUUCUGAAUACCAACCUACGCCAAAUUAUUAUCAUCAGCAUCCUGGCUACUGCUGUUUCACUCUUGUACUUUUCUGUUGUUAUAAUCCGAAAUAAAUAUGGGUGGUUAUCCAGAGACAAGAAGUUUCAAAGGUACUUGGCACGAGUUACUGACAUUGAAGCCACGGACACCAAUAACCCCAACGUGAACUAUGGUGUUGUGGUGGACUGUGGUAGCAGUGGGUCGCGAGUAUUUGUCUAUUGCUGGCCCAGGCAUAACGGCAAUCCUCAUGAUCUGUUGGAUAUUAGACAAAUGAGGGAUAAAAACCGAAAGCCAGUGGUCAUGAAAAUAAAACCCGGCAUUUCGGAAUUUGCUACCUCUCCAGAGAAAGUCAGUGAUUACAUUUUUCCGCUCUUGAACUUUGCUGCAGAGCAUGUGCCACGGGCAAAGCACAAGGAGACCCCUCUCUACAUUCUCUGCACAGCCGGGAUGAGAAUCCUUCCUGAAAGCCAGCAGAAAGCCAUCCUGGAAGACCUUUUGACUGAUAUCCCUGUGCACUUUGACUUUCUAUUUUCUGACUCUCAUGCAGAAGUAAUUUCAGGGAAGCAAGAAGGUGUAUAUGCUUGGAUUGGCAUUAAUUUUGUCCUUGGACGAUUUGAACAUACUGAAGACGAUGAUGAGGCAGUUGUGGAAGUUAACAUUCCUGGUAGUGAAAGCAGCGAAGCCAUUACUCGUAAAAGAACAGCGGGUAUUCUCGACAUGGGAGGCGUGUCAACUCAGAUAGCAUAUGAAGUCCCCCAAACUGUAAGCUUUGCCUCCUCACAGCAGGAGGAAGUAGCUAAAAACUUGUUAGCCGAAUUUAACUUGGGAUGUGAUGUUCACCAAACUGAGCAUGUAUACAGAGUCUAUGUGGCCACAUUUCUUGGGUUUGGUGGCAAUGCUGCACGACAGAGAUAUGAAGACAGAAUAUUUGCCAGCACAGUUCAAAAGAACAGACUCCUGGAUACACAGAUGGGUCUGACUCCUGAUACUCCAUACCUGGACCCCUGCUUACCUCUAGGCAUUAAAGAUGAAAUCCAACAGAAUGGACAGACCAUGUACCUACGGGGAACAGGAGACUUUGACCUGUGUCGAGGGACUAUCCAGCCCUUCAUGAAUAGAACAAAUGAGACACAAACUUCGCUGAAUGGUGUCUACCAGCCCCCAAUUCACUACCCGAACAGUGAAUUCUAUGGCUUUUCUGAAUUCUACUAUUGCACUGAGGAUGUGUUAAGAAUGGGAGGAGACUACAAUGCUGCUAAAUUUACUAAAGCUGCAAAGGAUUAUUGUUCAACCAAGUGGUCAAUCUUACGGGAACGCUUUGACCGAGGACUGUAUGCCUCUCAUGCUGACCUCCAUAGGCUGAAGUAUCAGUGCUUCAAAUCUGCCUGGAUGUUUGAAGUGUUUCAUAGGGGCUUUUCAUUUCCUGUCAAUUAUAAAAAUUUAAAGACUGCUUUGCAAGUUUAUGACAAGGAAGUUCAGUGGACCCUAGGAGCAAUCCUUUACAGGACCCGCUUUUUACCCUUAAGAGAUAUCCAGCAGGAGAUUUUCCGGGCCAGUCAUGCUCACUGGCGGGGCUUCUCCUUUGUCUACAAUCACUACCUGUUCUCCGGCUGCUUCCUGGUGGUCCUGCUGUCCAUCCUCCUCUACCUGCUGCGGCUCCGGCGCAUUCACCGGCGGACACUCCGGCAUGGCUUGGCUGCCACCCUCUGGAUGGAGGAAGGCCUUCCAUCCCAGAAGACGGCUGGUCCCUUAUGAACCUGGGAGUUAGAGGCUCCCGGAAGACUUUCCAAAGGAAAAGCCAUUUUUGCCUCAGGGUUUCUCCUCUAUUCUCAUUUGGUUUUAUUUUUCCUUUCCUUUUUGGUUCCUUAAAACAAAAACAAAAUUCAUUGGUUUUAAGCCCUGAUGCUCUGUAAGUAUUGCAUUUAGCCAUUUUGAAUACAGCUUUAAAUUAAGGAGUAAAGAAAGGGGAGAUUUACUUGAUUUUUGCUGCAUAGGAUUUCUGCCAAAAAUACUAAGAUUUUUGUUUUUUCUUUAAGGUAUGUUAACUUUUAAUCAAAUGCACUUUGAUAUCAGAGGGAAAUAGAAAAGAUACUUUCUAUCAGUAGAGGUAGGAUCUAGGAGUGAUACUUUAAUGGAACCAAAAAAACAUAUUGACUAUAAUUAUAAUCAUCUUUUUUCUCCAUUUUGAAAAUUCUAACCUAAAGAGGAUGAUGUUUAAUUUUUAUUUCUUGGUCAGGUCUGCCACUAUGUGUUUUCAUGGCCAGUUUACAAUUUCAAAACCAUUUAUAUCGAAAACAGAGAACAUUAGGUACCAGGAAGUAACCGUUUUUUAAACUGAUAAUGAAGAGACCUGUAAAAUGUGAAAUAUUGACCAGAGCUUUGUGUGUGUACAUAUGAACAAAUGCUCAGGAAGCAGAAUAAGGGAAUGCAGUGGUCUUUCUUUUUAAAAAAAAAAAAAAACACACUCUUCAGAACUUACUGUUUCAUUUCAUUUUAUUUAGAAAAUUCCCCAAUACCAUUAUCUUUUCAUGACCAUAGAUUUCCUUUAUCUCACACUUCAGUGGCCUUAGAACACUUUACUUUUGAAAGAACUGGAAAAUUCAUAAAGUUUCAUUGGUUUAUGUGUUAAUUAAAACCAGAUCUGGAACCCAUUUACAUUCAUACUUUAUUUCUUAGCAGAAUGUUUUCACUUAUUUAAUUGUGCUCCCGUUUCAUCCAUCUUCAAGUUGGUAAUUUCCCCCUUAAUUAAAAGUAGUCUCAGCAGUUUUAUUCGGUAGACCCAGGCAUAGUUUGGAAAAUUCUCUUCAUAACUGCUGAAGUUGAGGCUGUGUUGGUAAUGCCUCUGUAAAUCCAGACUAAGAUAAGGGUCUAUACAGGAAAUAAACUCACAUUUUGAAGAGAAAAAAAUUGACAUUUUAAUCAAAAAAACUAAGGACAACUGGACUGGCAUAUGUGAUGUUAGUUGUUUUUCACAUAUUCAUUUAGUUUAGAGGCUUUGGGAAUUCUCAUAUAGCUUUUAGGUGAAGUUCUUUUUGUGUAUAUGUGUGUGUGCGCGCUAUUUUUAAAUCUCCAGAAUAAAUUCAUGUAGUUGGUAGCAGUGUGUAUUCUGAGACUCGUCAGCUGCUAUUUAAAAAAAAAAAAAAUUUGAUUAGAGAAAACUUUCAGAUUCCAAAACCCAUACUUGACUCAGCAAAAAAAAAAAAAAAAAAGUCGUUUGGAGUUUUUCUUAAAUAUUUAAUAACAUGACAUACUAUGUAUAUAUUGAUGACUUAAAAAUUGCAAAUCUCUUAUUCUUCUUCAAAAUAAAUAUUCUGACAAUGAAAAAAAUAGUGGCAGAAUAUUUGCAUCUCAGACAUCCUAAAGAUUGGAGAAGCUGAAUUGUCUUACAGCAUUUAAUGUAUAGAGAGUCUUGUUCCAGAGCAUGGGGUAUAUGUCUCCAUGGUUUCUAGCUAUUGAAAUCAUCAGUCUCUUGUAAACACUCCCCUGUAUCAAGAACCAGCCACAAAUGAGCUGGGUCGUAAGAUACCCCAGAAAUGGAGUGAGCUGGCGUGCUUCUUGAAUUCUUAGAUAGGGCUUGCCCCUGUAGACUGUGGAUGGCAUUAUUGGUAAAGAGGAAGUAAGUUUACACUUUAGCUUUUCUACAGCCAUUUGGGUGCUAAGUCCCUAGCCUGUAGAAUGAAAUUUUUUAAAUGCCUUGACUGUGUAAUUUUGCCUUUAAAAUGAAGAAAAGAACAAGCCAGCAUAGACAGAUCUAAAUAGCCUUAAUUAAAACUUCCUAUUUUAAAUAGCCACUGUUUAAACAAAGGAUGCCAUUUUGGUCCAGCUCUGUAACUUUGAGAGGACAGAGUAGAGACAAACACAGAGGAGCUCUGCUUUAAGCUUGGCCUAAAGCUCCCUGCUGUAGGGAGCUAUCUCACUCUCCAAAAUGAAUCCCCAAACUAGGGUUCUAAGGUUCAAACAACUAUACACUUGGUACAGGUAAGUGCCUGUGCUCCCCUGACAAAGAAUUUUCAGGAGCAGGAUUUGGCUAACUAUUGCCAGUAGGCCAAAUCCAACUCAUGACCUGUUAUUUUUAAGACCCAUGAGUUAAGAAUGUUGUUUACAUUUUUAAAGGUCUGUAAGAAGAAAAAAAAAAAAUGCAACAAAGAGUGUAUGUGGCCUGAAAAGCCUAAAAUAUUUAUUUAUGUGGCCCUUUACAGAAAAAGUUUGCUGACAUCUCUGAGAAGAAUCUGAUUCAAGAAAAGUUACAAAUAAUACUAUCAUACUCUUAAUUCAGGAAGGCAGUUACAAUGAGUGAGCCCAAAAAGAUGGCCAAGAAGAAAGUGGUCAGAUGUCAAUCUUAAAAUAUUUGUUUAUGCAACAGAUUUUUACUUAUCUUCUAGAUUAUUUUCAAGAUCAGUUUUCUAACAAAUCAGGGGACAUGGCCAAAAAAAAAAAAAGUGUUAUUCAGGAAGGUCAUUACGUUAUAUUGAAAUGUCUGCAUCCACAACAAAUUGUGUUCCAGAGAAGAUCUCACAUAGCAUCUCUCCAUUCUAUACCAAAGAAGGGAAGAUGGACUCUUUCUUCACGUGGUGCAUGCUGGGGUGAGAGGCAAGCAAGCGAGGAGCUUAAUUCAGGAGGAGGAGAAUGAAUAUCAGUUAAGGACCAGCCAAGAAAAAAGUAAACUCUGUGUGCAUGUAAUAGAAGCAAAAGAAACUGAACCUGGAAUGUGCUGAAUGCAUUGUCAAAGAAAAAGUUCUGUGUUAAAUCUUGGUAGAAAUAUGCCUACAUAAAUGCUUAUGUUUUAUAGCCAUAUUGUAUGGUUUCUCCUUUUUAAACCUCCUGAGGGUAAAAGCACAUUGAUUUGUAUCAACUUUUGCACAUUUUCUCCCACACACUGCUGCCUUUAGGCAGUGCUUCCCAACCUGGGGGCUUGUGGCUUCAGGCCGGCUCCCUGGGGUAUCUGCCUCACCGCCCUGCAGGCUGAGGAGAUCACUGUUACACCACCAUUGUCCACACCUGUGCACAAGGAUUGUCAAACUCUGGAUUAGCAAAUAUUUAAUUUUUAAACUCAGGCCUACAUAGAAUGGUUUUUGUUAUAAGGAGCAUGAAUCACUUAGCAAGAAACUACAAAAGGAAAUCUGUGUUUUCCAAGCAAACUCGGCGUUAGAAUUUUGUGUGGUAAUGUGCAAUGCAGCGAAACUACCUUUAAGUAAAUUAUGUAUUUAUUUAUUUCAGUGUUUUGUUUUGUAUGGUACUAAUUUUCCCUUUCAGUAAUGACUGAUCUGACCAAUCAAGGACAAUUUUUUGUUAUGUUACUAAAAUUGUAUUUUAUAAUUAGGAAUUAUAAAAAAUUAAAGGAACACCUUUAAGUGUGGUGGGUUUUUUUGUUUGUUUGUUUUUUUUAAAUUUAAAUAGUGUUAUCCAAAGUCAGAAUACAUAUCUUAGGGUAUGUUGUGGUGUCCUAUAACUAUAUUUUGACAGCCUCGUAUUGCUGCUCCUGUGUAUGGACGGGUGUUGAGAAUCAAUGCAAUGAAAGUUUAUCUGAUUGCCCGUAGACUCUGUGUGAGCUUGCUUUCUUGUGAUGUAAAUUAUUUUUCUUAGAUGUUUGAAUCUUGCUACUGUUAAAAUGGUUUGUUGAACUUGAAUCUAAAUUCAGUAGAAUAAAUUGUCUGACCACUGUGUA